UUCAUGCAGGGUGACUUCACUUGGAACAGCAUGUCAGGACGCAGUGUCCGCCUGAAGUCGGUUCCUGUUCAAAGCCUUUCAGAAUUGGAACGUUCCCGGCUACAGGAAGUGGCAUUUUAUCAGUUGCAGCAGGACUGUGACCUAGGAUGUCAGAUAACUAUUCCUAAAGAUGGACAAAAGAGGAAGAAAUCGUUACGAAAGAAACUGGACUCCCUCGGAAAGGAGAAAAACAAAGAUAAAGAAUUUGUACCGCAAGCUUUUGGAAUGCCAUUAUCACAAGUAAUAGCUAAUGAUCGGGCCUACAAACUGAAGCAGGAUACUCAGAAAGAAGAGCAGAAGGAAGUUUCAGAGUUUGUAGCUUCCCUUUUGCCAUUUGGAAAUAAGAGGCAGAACAAAGAACUCUCAAGCAGUAACUCAUCUCUUAGCUCCACCUCGGAAACGCCAAAUGAAUCCACUUCACCUAACACACCAGAGCCAGCCCCGCGAGCAAGGAGGAGAGGUGCAAUGUCUGUCGACUCUAUUACGGAUCUUGAUGACAGUCAGUCCCGGCUGCUAGAAGCUCUGCAGCUGUCUUUGCCUUCUGAAAUGCAGAGCAAGAAAGAAAAGGCCAGGGACAAGAAACUAAGUCUCAAUCCGAUUUACAGGCAGGUUCCACGGCUAGUAGACAGCUGUUGCCAGCAUUUAGAAAAGCACGGUCUGCAGACAGUGGGAAUAUUCAGAGUUGGAAGCUCAAAAAAAAGAGUGAGGCAGUUACGUGAAGAGUUUGACCGUGGCGUAGAUGUCAUGCUGGAAGAAGAACACAGCAUCCAUGAUGUGGCUGCUUUAUUAAAGGAAUUUCUUCGUGACAUGCCCGAUCCACUGCUGACUAGAGAACUUUAUACUCCUUUCAUCAGUACUCUCUUAUUGGAGCCCCAUGAGCAACUGAGCACUCUACAACUUCUUAUUUAUCUUCUACCUCCUUGCAACUGUGACACUUUGCAUAGACUCCUCCAGUUCCUUGCCACUGUGGCUAGCCAUGCAGAGGACAGAAUAGAUCAGGACAGCCAGGAGAUUCCAGGCAAUAAGAUGACAUCGCUUAACCUAGCCACUAUAUUUGGGCCUAAUCUGUUGCACAAGCAGAAGACUACAGACAAAGAAUUCACGGUUCAGAGCAGUGCUCGUGCUGAGGAGAGCACGGCAAUCAUUGCUGUGGUACAAAAGAUGAUCGAAAACUAUGAAAUGCUUUUCAUGGUCCCUGCUGACCUUCAAAACGAAGUUCUGAUUAGCUUGCUUGAGACUGACCCAGAUGUUGUAGACUAUUUGCUGAGAAGAAAAGCUUCCCAGUCAUCAAACCCUGAAAUGCUCCAGUCAGAAGGUCCAUUCUCCAUGGGAGGUAGACAUUCAUCCACAGAUUCGAACAGAGCCUCAAGUGGUGACGUCUCCCCUUAUGACAAUAAUUCCCCAGUGCUUUCUGAACGCUCUCUGUUGACAAUGCAAGAAGAUACGGCCCUUGGAUCUGAGCUGUUAUUCAAAGUACCUGAACAGUGUAUGUUGGUCAGCAAUUUGCAGCCAAAAUCAAGAGAAAGUUCACCUGGAUCAUGGUUUGGGAAAGAUGAUUCUGAGGACUAUUUCAACAUCUGGGGAACUUGGCAUUCAACACUGAAAAGCGGUUCCAAAGAUCAAGGAAUAACAGGGUCAUAUGGAGACAUAUAUGAGAGCAACUCACUGCGGCCAGGGCAAUGCUCUCUUUCUCAAGGAAACUUAUCACUGCCUUCACCUCAGUGGCCAAAGAGCACCUCAGAAUUGGACAACACAAAGCAAAUCAUCCGAAGGAGUCAUACAACCGCUGCCCUUCCUGAAUGUCGUCCUCAUCCACCUCUCUCCCGGGUCUGUAGUACCCCACAAAUAGAAGGUGGCAGAAGGAGUUCCAACCAGUCAAACUCAGAGCGGCAUUUUUCUACUAGUGGCAUAGAGCACUUUGUGGAGUGUGAUUCAGAUGCAGCUUGUUUGCACAGCACAGCAAAACCAUGGUACCAAAGGCCAGGUGAAAUCAUUAGGAAAGACCGGCCACCGCCGCCACCUUAUCCCGAGCCAGCAAAGCAAAGCUCCACCUCGUCCCUCUGGCCAGCAGCAGUCUCUUCAGCAGAACAUCCAUCAUGGAGGCUUCAGAGACCAGAACUCCAUUCAGGGACUGAAGGGGGAGGAAAAGCAAUGACUCAAGUGCCUGGACAAUCUGCCCUGUGUGAGGAGCAGCAAGACAGCACGGGGACCCGGCGUUCCAGCCCGGACAGCAAGCAGAACAGUAAAAAUUUGACGGAGCCAGACUGGCAUGACUGGCAGAGGGAUCGAUGGCAAAUUUGGGAGAUUUUAUCAACUGAUAAUCCAGAUGCCCUCCCUGAAACGUUAGUAUGAGUUGACAUAUCAACAGAGACCAAGCUUUUCCCAGCUAGGGAGGGAUGGCAACGGAGGACUUGAUUCCAACCUUGUUUUAUAUCCAGCAAAUGUCAUUUAAUUUUUUUAAAAAAAAUUAUGUUCACUUUAUAUAAAUUUAAUAGCACUGUAAAGCAGUCUUCUUACAAAUACAUUUUGUUCCUGGUUUUGUAGUCAUUGUAAGAAGGAAAAAUAAGAUGACAAUUCCAGUCUUAGUCACUCUUAAAAUAAGCUUCAUGUACGAUAAAACUACAGCUUCUUUGUUGCUAAGAUGUAUUUAUAUAUCUGCAGUUCAGG